AUGUCAAAUUCACUCAGAAACAUUAACAUUAGCGAUGCGAUUUCACAUGAUGGAAUAAAGAAUUUAUUUCAAAACAAUGCAACCUUUAACUCUAUAUUAGAUGAAAGUAGCAUGUCACCAAUGAAGGAAUAUACCAGAAAACAAAAUCAUUUGUUAACUUCUGAUAAACCAUCAGACUGUCACCUAUGUAGUCAACAUCGACAGCUACAGCAACAACAAGAUAAAGAAGAGCACACUCCCUCUUCGCUAUUGUGUUCAUUAGAAGCAGACAAGGAUUUAUCAGACAUUGAUGAGUGUUCAUUUACAAGGAAUACAACUCAUCACAAAAGUAAAUUGGAAUUAUUUUGUGAUUUAUCUUCAAUUCGUGGUGUACAGAGAAUCUAUCGUUCAAAAAUUCCAUUUAUUCGGCUUUUGUGGCUUUUAUUUGUCAUUAGUAUGACAUGUGUUCUAAUGGUUAGCUCUGGUUUCCUUAUCUCUGAUUAUCUACGUUAUUCAACAGCAUGGAAUGCACGUACCUUGUUAGAUGAUAAAUCAGAGUUUCCUGCUGUCACUUUAUGUGCACAUAAUCCAUUCACUUUAGAUGUAAAUCGUCUUUGGAAAGAGAAAAUUGUUCCAAGUCCAAAAGAGAUUAAAUUGCGUGUAAGGGAUUUAUUGAAAACUAUGCAACACUACGGUUUGGCUAACAAUACUGAUGACACCAUUAAAGUUGGUCAUGAUAAGGAUAUGCUUUAUCAUUGUAUGUUGUAUGAAGAAGGUACGACGGUUGUAGCAGAAAAGUGUGAAUUAGAACCGGAAACAUCGAUAAGAAUACGACGUUUUACGCAUCCUAAAUAUUUCAAUUGUUGGACUAUAGAGGUUCCUUUGAAAAAGAUUGAAGAUGCUAAUACAUCUUUCAUUACGGAUUCGUUUACACGAGGUGAAGGCAUUAAGGUAGUUAUUCAUGAAAGAGACACCUAUCCAGAAAUUGAAAAACACGGUGUAAAUAUACAACCAGGUCGUAUGAAUGAGGUUAACUAUGCAACAUUAUUUUGGAAACGUUUGCAUACACCAGUAGCUCCGUGUGCAGGUGGAAAUCUUUACAUAGAAGACUUGGGUGUACAAUACACAUAUACACAAACUCAGUGUCUCAAUCUUGUAUUGCAGAAUGAACUGUUUAAGAGAUGUGGUUGCCUCAAUUCAGAGUGGCCUCGGUCUAUCAAACUAAUGGACAGUAAUCAUUUUAUGCCAUACUGUCAGAAGUUGCCAACUGAUGUCAAUGACAAACGUGGAGCUGAAGAAAUGAAAGCACGUCUUGAAUGCUUGAGCACUGUUCUUGUUGAAUUGAAACAAAUUAAAGAGAGAGCUAUACAGAAAGGUGUGUGUUUACCACUUUGCGGCUAUUAUACUUACAAUACAAAAUUAAGUGUCACUUCAUGGGAUCCAGAUCCGCACAAACUUGCAUUAUAUACUAAAGUCUAUCGUCAUGUCGACAAGUUUUUAACUGACCCCAGUGAAAGAGGGCAUUUCGAUGAAUUAUUGAAAGUCUUUGAUGAAUCAGUGGAUCCUACACAAACUGGUGAACAAUCCAGUUCAACAGGAACAGCGUUUUCUGAUAUUUAUCAAAAAUUCGAUGAUGGUAAACAUACAUACAUCUCUUUAAUUAGACAGGAUUUUGAUACAACCAUGAAUGAAGAACGUUUGGUUUUCGAUAUCUACAUAUUAAUAUCAAGGAUAGGCGGUUUAUGCUCUUUGUGCAUUGGAUUAACAAUGGCGUUCAUUGUUGAAUUAGUUGAAUUUUUCUACUUACUUUGUUGUAAGAAUAAUACACACUUCACAGAGUCAAAUGAAAUCAGGAAGCUAACUCACUCAACCAAAUGUAUGACUGUAAAUUGUCCGCAUGGACAGAAAGAGGUCGAGGACAGUCAACAUGAUCACCACCACCAACAACAACAACAACCUAGUCAUGAACAUGAACAACAACAAAAACAACCAGAAGUAUCCUGGUAUUCAGACAACUCAAAUGAUAAACGUUCUUAUCCUCCUGAUCAAAUACAUGCUGGUCAUCUUAAUAAUAGUACAAGAAAUAAUAACAGCUUUUCUACUUCGCCGACAAACAGAAAACGUUUUUCAACCGUAAAUACAGAGAGUGAUUGUCAAACAUGUUUUCAACCUCUGACUUCAGCUAUUAUGCAAAAUUCUACCUGA